ACACAUUUCCACAUUUUAGAAAAUUGAGUGGAAAAAAUUAUAAAGUAAAAUAUUCUUCCACGCACUUUUUCAACUUUAUAAAAGAUAACCGUAUCCACCAUACAAAGUACAGCAACCAAAUUCCAUUAGGCCUAGGGUUAGGGUUUGUGAGAUGGGCGACCGUACAAGCUCUGCUGUGACUAAGCCAAUAUGGAUGAAGCAAGCGGAAGAGGCAAAGAUCAAGAGCGAGGCUGAAAAAGCCGCCGCCGCCAAAGCUGCCUUCGAAGCCACAUUCAAGGAUGCCGCCUCCGCCUCCGCUCCUGCGGUGGCCGACUCCUCCUCUUCUGACAGUGACGACGCUGAAGAAGACGCCGAGAGUCGCCUCGCCAGCAAGCCCAUCGGCCCCGUCGACCCCUCCAAAUGCACGGCUGCUGGCGCUGGAAUUGCGGGCGGGGCCGCCUGUUCGGCUUCGUCGUUCGUCGUCGUGACCAAGGAUUCCGAUGGCAGAAAGGUUCCCAAUGGUGGCGCUCAGAUUAGGGUUAGGGUUUCGCCUGGAGUGGGCGUCGGCGGAUCGGACCAGGAGGGCAUCAUCAAGGACCAAGGCGAUGGCAGCUACACUGUCACAUAUGUAGUGUCCAAGAGAGGGAAUUAUAUGGUACACGUUGAGUGUAACGGCAAGCCCAUUAUGGGUAGUCCCUUUCCAGUUUUCUUCAGUGCAGGUACUGCUAGUGGAGGAUUGUUGGGUUUGGCUCCUGCAUCUACUUUUCCUAAUCUAGUUAACCAGACAAUGCCCAAUAUGCCAAAUUAUUCAGGGUCUGUUUCGGGGGCAUUCCCCGGAUUACUUGGAAUGAUUCCAGGCAUUGUUCCUGGUGCUUCAGGAGGAGCAGUUUUACCUGGGAUUGGAGCAUCCCUUGGUGAAGUUUGUCGAGAGUACCUUAAUGGACGUUGUGCCAAAACUGAUUGCAAGUUUAAUCACCCACCUCACAAUUUGCUGAUGACUGCAUUAGCUGCAACCACCACCAUGGGAACCCUCAGUCAAGUUCCGAUGGCCCCUUCUGCAGCUGCAAUGGCUGCUGCUCAGGCAAUUGUUGCUGCCCAAGCCCUUCAAGCUCAUGCUGCUCAGGUUCAAGCACAAGCCCAGUCAGCCAAAGACUCAGCUGGCUCUCCAGAUAAAGUGGGGAAGGCUGAUGCUCUUAAAAAAACACUACAAGUCAGCAAUCUCAGCCCCCUUCUAACUGUGGAACAGUUGAAACAGCUUUUUAGUUUCUGUGGCACAGUUGUCGAAUGUAGCAUCACUGAUUCAAAGCAUUUUGCAUAUAUAGAAUACUCAAAACCCGAAGAAGCAACUGCUGCUUUGGCAUUGAACAAUAUGGAUGUUGGAGGUCGCCCAUUAAAUGUUGAGAUGGCAAAGUCACUCCCUCCAAAACCAGCUAUAUUAAAUUCUCCACUGGCUUCACCUUCUCUGCCCAUGGUAAUGCAGCAAGCAGUUGCCAUGCAACAGAUGCAAUUUCAGCAGGCUCUGCUUAUGCAACAAACAAUGACUGCACAGCAGGCAGCUAAUCGAGCUGCAACCAUGAAGUCAGCAACAGAAUUAGCAUCAGCUAGAGCUGCAGAAAUAAGUAAAAAGCUAAAAGCUGAUGGAUUUGUAGAGGAAGAGAAGGAAGAAAAGGAAGAAAAUCGAAAAUCUAGGUCGCCAUCCAUAUCUCAUGCAAGGUCAAAAUCCAGGUCAAAAUCACCUCUCCACUACCGGCGACGGCGGAGAUCUCGUUCUUUUUCACCUCCAUCCCGGUACUCAAGAGAGCACAGAUCUAGAUCACCAUUUAGAUCUCAUCACUACUCAAUUCAUGACCAUGGAAGCAGGUCAUAUAGAGACAAUAAAGAUGGCAGUGAUAGAUCUAGAAGGCGGGAUUUGGAUAGAUCACAUGAUCAUCAUUUAUCUAGCUCAAGGAGAAAUAGGAGUAGGAGUCGAAGCCCUAGAACUAGAAAAUCAUAUCGAGCUGAUUCAGAAUCACCAAAACGCCGUGUAGAGAGUUCAUCACAUAGAACCAGGAAAUCAUCUCGUGUUAGUCCAAAAUCACCAAGACAUCACAGGGGAAGUAGGUCAUCACCUAGAAAUGAUGAUGACAACAAAUCAAAACGGAGAAGGCGGUCCCGGUCAAAAUCUGUGGAAGGUAAGCAUUAUUCUAAUGAAAAAAUAGAUGAAAGACGAGAUAAAAAAUCAAAGCAUCGUGACAGAAGGCGGUCCAGGUCAAUAUCAGCAGAGGGAAAGCAUCAUAAAGGAAGUGGCUUCUCCCCACGAAGUUUUGAUGACAGCAAAUCAAAGCAUAGAAAGCGAUCCAGGUCAAAAUCUGCAGAAGGUAAGCGUGUUUUAAGUGACAAAACAGAUGAAGGCAGAGAUGAGAAAGGGAAGCAUCAUGAAAAGAGGCGUUCCAGGUCACGAUCAGCAGAAGGUAAGUACUGUAGACUAAAUAGGUUAUCUCCUAAAAGUUCUGAUGAAAUCAGACCAAAACAUAGAAGACAUUCAAGGUCAAGAUCUGCAGAAUAUAGGCGUUCAGAUAAUAAAGGAGAUGAAAAAUUAAUGCAUCACAAGGAACCAAAAGAACGUGAAGUCACUGAGGACUUGAAGGAACCUAGCAAACAUAAGAUGCCAAAAAUAGAGGACAUGGAGCUGGCCACAACAGGAGUGGAAGACCAAGGUGGAGGUGAAAAAUCAGCUGAGGUGGUUGGCAGAACUGGUUUCAGCGAGGGUCAGGGUUAUGUCAAUGAUGACGGGAAGGAUAAAUCAGAAAACUUGAUGAUUGCAGAUCCCCCUGCUUUGAAUGUUCAUAUCACCAACACUGUGUCAUCUGAUGCAGAUUUGAGUUAUGGGGUCUUCAGGGCAGAAGAUGUUAAUCGAAACAAAGAAGAUGUCAAUGAAUGGGACAUCUAUGAGAAGAGCUCUGGUCUUGUUUGAGGAGACGGUUGAGACCCUCCACUACAAAUUUAUCCAAGUUUGAGUUCUGAGCAAUGAGUCCUGCUUCUGCAAAGAAGGGCUGCUUGCUUAGAAGAUUGCUUAGUGCUUCUUUUGGUGCUCAGAAUUUUCUGUAGGUUGGGGAACUUCAUAAAAUUGCAUCUUGUGUUUGUUUAUCUUGUGCAGGUUCAUGGGGAACAUAUUGGAACUAGGGUGUCUGAGCUGAUCUUAAUAUGGUGAAAAGUAAUUCAGAAGUGUUACUGCCCCAAAUCUGGUACCAACCAUGCAAUAUUUGUACUACUGUUUCUAUGAUGUAUGGUGGACUAUAAUCUCUUAUCACUAGGUACUGAAUUUCUUGAACAGAAGUGUUUUAAGGUUUGUUAUGACAACACAUGUCCUUGUUUUCCUUUAAAAUAACAUUCUGCUGUUGUUGUCAGAAGUUAGAACGAUUUUUAUGAAGCCUUGACAUCCUUGAUAAAUUGUAGCAUAGGUUUUAAAUCUUAAGUUAUUGUGGGGAUCUAAAUAGGUUAUUGAAUAAAUGUUGUAUGUGCUGAAGAUAAGCAUGCUUGAUUUGAAGGUGAAUCUGCACCUUAGGUAUGUUUAGCUUGAAAGUAUUCCCUUGAAUUGACUCGUGUCUUGGGCCUCAUUUUGCUUAUUCCUAGCAUUUAUGGUAGCCUUUCUUUGAUUUGGCUAUCUGGGCUCCAUUUUAUUUACCUUAAUAGAAUGGUGGGUAAAUUCCAAACACGUGCAGGUUUUAUAUGGUGGCUUCUGUUGGAGGUUUCUCACAUCAAUUUGGCUGGGUUGAUUUUCUCUGUUUGUAAAUGAAGGUAUGCAGUCACAGAUUUAUCAAAAUCUAUCAUGGGGAGCUUACAGAAAUUAGCUUCCCUACCAGGUCUUGAAAUUUUUUGGUAGUUAGUGGUUUGGAUGGAAACAUUUCUUUGAUUAAGCUUGUCGCAUGUUUUAACUUACCAGUAGUUGUAACUUCUACUGAUGUCUUCCAAUCAUUGUGGCUUACGAUUUGCCCAUCUCUCUCUCUUUCUCUCUCCCUCUCCUCUUUUUUCUUUUUCUUUUUCUUUCUUUUUUCUUCCCCCCAAAUUCCUUUUCCUUCUCCUUAAAUUGUCUUGAUUAGGUAAGCUUGUUUUAAGGUCCAGUGAAAUCAGAUGUUGCUGGGAUGCAUAGCUUUGCAAAUGCACUUUGUUGAAUAUGAGCAGAUUGGCUGAUUUACUGUACUUUUAGUUCAUGAUGAAAUGCGAGUAUUGAGUAUAGCAGGUAAUUUUAUUUUGUGAAAUUGCAAAUUGAGUUGUGUUAGGCAUGGAAACUCUUUAAUUUUUUUUGUGGGACAGAAACAUUAUAUUUGCCCUUUCAGAUAUGUAAGAAUCAGUUAUGGGUGAUUCACUAGGUAGUAUGAUUAGUCUGUGAUAACCUUGAUUAUAGUGAAUCCUCACACGUCGAUGGUGUCUUGAAAUGGUAAGUGCACCUUUUUUAUCGCCAAAA